CUUAGCAUGGACCGGCGAAUAUCUCAGACAAUCCUUGAAAAAUCGCAGAUAUAUCUCACUUAACAAUGGUAAUACGGGACAUGUGAUCGGACGAAAAUCUCGGACAUGUUCUGGAAUGUCUGU